AUGACGAAGACCGGUAUCGACUACUUACAGAUACCGAACCAACAUGGGGGCUGUUCCAGGGCUUCCCUCGAUACUACCGACACCGACUACUCAAAAAGCAGUCUCAAGUAUAAGCCCCCAGCAGAAGCCUUGCAACCCGACAAGGGUGAUGAAAAGGACUUUGACGUUGAAGGCAACCCGUUCGCCUUUUCCCCGGGAAUGUUGAGCAAGCUUACAAAUCCGAAAUCUCUCUCAGCGUUCAAAGCUGUGGGCGGUCUCCAGGGGCUCGAGAAGGGCUUACGAACAAGCCGAACUGCUGGGUUAUCGAUGGACGAGACCCGUCUCGAUGGUCACGUAAGUUUUGAUGACGCUGCGAGUGCUGCAUCGAGAAAGGCUGCCUUCUCAGACGUACCUCUUCCUCGACAUACUACCCAUGCGUCGGUGCAUAAGGUCAAAGAUCAAUUUGAAGAUCGGAUUCGGGUUUUUCGAGAUAAUCGGUUACCAGAACGAAAACCUGAUGGACUUCUGGUUCUUAUCUGGAGAGCAUACAACGACAAAAUUCUCAUCCUCCUGACAAUUGCAGCAGUCAUCUCUUUGGCUUUAGGUAUCUAUGAAAGCGUUGCCGGUGAAUCUGGUGUCGACUGGGUCGAAGGCGUGGCCAUCUGCGUGGCCAUCAUCGUCGUCGUGACGGUCGGGGCGGCAAAUGACUGGCAGAAGGAGCGACAAUUCGUCAAGCUCAACAAGCGAAAAGACGAUCGCGAGGUCAAGGUCAUUCGAUCGGGUAGAUCUAUUAUGAUCUCGGUUCACGAGAUCACAGUUGGUGAUGUUCUUCACCUCGAACCUGGCGAUGCUGUUCCAGCAGACGGCGUCUUUAUCACCGGUCACGGAGUCAAAUGCGACGAAUCAUCUGCCACGGGAGAAUCUGACCAGAUGAGGAAGGCCCCUGGGGACGAAGUCUGGCGGCGAAUCCAGGACGGGACGGCGACGGCCAAGCUCGAUCCCUUUAUCAUUAGCGGUUCCAAGGUCCUCGAAGGCGUCGGCACGUAUCUGGUCACCGGUGUUGGUGUCAAUAGCUCUUACGGCAAGAUUUUGAUGAGUCUCCAGACAGACAACGACCCUACACCCCUUCAAGUCAAACUCGGAAAGCUUGCCAACUGGAUCGGCGGACUUGGCUCCGGAGCUGCGAUGCUUCUAUUCUUUGUCCUCUUGUUCAAGUUUGCCGGACAUCUAUCCGGCGAUACACGGCCCGGUCCUGAGAAAGCGCAGGAAGUUUUGGAUAUCCUCAUCGUUGCUAUUACCGUCAUAGUCGUCGCCGUACCUGAGGGUUUGCCUCUGGCGGUCACGUUGGCUCUUGCUUUUGCCACGACUCGAAUGUUGAGGGAGAAUAACCUGGUGCGCGAGCUUCGUGCUUGUGAGACCAUGGGUAAUGCGACGACAAUUUGUUCGGACAAGACCGGAACCCUUACACAAAACAAGAUGACCGUGGUUGCGGGCACAAUUGGCGCGAAUGAGAAAUUUGCCUCUUCACAUUCGGAGGAAGGAUCACAAACUGUGCCAACCGCCACGAUGUUCCAGCGGCUUAGUGCUGAAGUAAAGGACCUCUUCAAGCUCUCUUGUACACUGAACAGCACUGCGUUUGCAGGUGAGGAAAAAGGAGUCGCAACCUUCAUUGGCUCUAAGACCGAAGUCGCUCUUCUUACUCUCGCAAAGGAGCAUCUGGGUCUAGAUAGUCUGGCCGCGGAACGCUCCAGCUGCAAGAUAAAGCACCUCAUUCCAUUCGACUCUGGCCGAAAAUGCAUGGGAAUUGUCAUCAAGCAACAUGGCGGCUAUCGCCUCUUGGUCAAGGGCGCAGCAGAGAUUAUGUUGGCGAACGCGACCAAAACAAUCUCCAACAUCUAUGAAAAGGAUUUUCGCGUAGAUGACCUUACUGCAGAGGACAAGGAGAACGCUGCGGCGACCAUCGAAGAGUAUGCAAGGCAUUCACUCCGCACUAUCGGUAUUCUCUACAAAGAUUUUCCGCAAUGGCCACCCAUGAGGGCGAAGACUUUGGAGGAGGACCCAAAGAUGGCGGAUUUCGCCUGUAUUUUCCAUGAAAUGACAUGGGUCGGCGUCGUUGGCAUCCAUGAUCCUCUCCGGGACGGCGUCAUUGAAGCGAUUCAACAAUGUCAACAUUCCGGUGUGGUGGUCCGUAUGGUUACUGGUGACCACUGCACAACCGCUCGUGCCAUUGCCAUUGAAUGUGGCAUCCUCCGCACAGACGAAGAAGGCGUUGUGAUGGAAGGCCCUCAAUUCCGCCAACUAUGUAAUGAGGAGAUGGACAGCAUUCUACCCAAGUUACGUGUUUUGGCUCGCUCAUCACCAGAAGAUAAACGAAUCUUGGUGGGCCGUCUCAAGCACCUCGGCGAGACUGUCGCAGUGACUGGCGAUGGUACCAACGAUGGCCCUGCCCUGAAAAUGGCCGAUGUCGGCUUCAGCAUGGGUAUUGCCGGCACGGAAGUUGCAAAGGAGGCCUCGUCAAUCAUUCUCCUGGAUGACAACUUCUCCUCGACGAUUACUGCUCUGAUGUGGGGACGAGCGGUGAAUGACGCUGUCAAGAAAUUCUUGCAGUUCCAGAUCACCGUCAACAUCACUGCUGUGGUCCUCACAUUCGUCUCUGCCGUGUCCAACGACUCCAACGACUCUGUCCUUACUGCCGUGCAACUUCUUUGGGUCAACCUGAUCAUGGAUACUCUCGCUGCUUUGGCACUCGCUACCGACGCGCCAACGAAGAAGAUUCUGGAUCGUCCACCACAACCCAAGUCGGAGGUACUUGUUACAACCACCAUGUGGAAAAUGAUCACAGGUCAAGCGACCUAUCAACUGGUGGUCACCUUGACUCUCUAUUUCGCCGGCAUGCACAUCUUCAGCUACGAACCCGCCCGGAGGAUUGAGCUCAACACGAUCGUCUUCAACUCAUUCGUCUGGAUGCAGAUCUUCAACGAACUCAACAGUCGUCGCUUAGAUAACAAAUUCAACAUUUUCGAGGGCAUCCACAGGAAUUUCUGGUUCCAAGGUAUCAAUUGCAUUAUGGUGGGCGGGCAGAUCAUGAUUAUCUCCAUUGGUGGCCGCGCUUUCAGCAUCACCCGCCUCGAUGGGACUCAAUGGGCGAUCUCGUUGUUGUGCGCUCUGCCCUGUCUCCUGUGGGCUGCUUUGGUUCGCCUCAUCCCUGAUGUCUGGUUUGCUGUUGCUUUCAACGCCGCGGUUGCAGCAUCAACGGUUGUUCUCCGUCCAAUCGGGAAGUUCCUCCAUGUCAUCUUCCAUCCGGUCGCCGAAGCUUUGCGUGCCGUCUCUCGAGUUACUAAACGUGUCGUUGGCAAGAAAGAAGCAGAGCACAUUGAUGAAGAGCGGCGAUCGAAAUAG